UUUUCGAGGAACAAUCCCUCAUGGCUUAUCACUGGAGAUUGGAGACACUGUUCAAAUACUAGAAAAAUGUGAUGGCUGGUACAGAGGAUUUGCCUUAAAAAACCCAAAUCUCAAGGGUAUCUUCCCAUCCGGUUUUGUUCACUUGAAAAAUGCAUGUGUUAAGAACAAAGGGCAGUUUGAAAUUAUUAUUGCAGCAGAAGAUUCUGUUAUCACAGAGAUGACAUCCACCUUAAGAGACUGGGGGACAAUGUGGAAACAGCUUUAUGUGAGAAAUGAAGGUGAUCUAUUUCACCGACUGUGGCACAUAAUGAAUGAAAUCCUAGAUCUGCGACGGCAGGUGCUGGUGGGCCAUCUGACCCAUGAUCGGAUGAAAGAUGUCAAAAGACACAUUACUGCUCGCUUGGAUUGGGGCAAUGAACAGCUAGGGUUAGAUUUGGUUCCAAGAAAGGAAUAUGCAAUGGUGGAUCCAGAGGAAAUCAGUAUUACAGAAUUGUACAGAUUGAUGGAGCAUCGUCAUCGCAAAAAAGACACACCAGUCCCAGCAAGCAGCCACCAUCUCUUUGUGCAGAUGAAGAGUCUGAUGUGUUCCAAUCUAGGAGAAGAUCUAGAAAUUAUUUUUUCACUUUUUGAUAGUAAAGAGAAUCGACCAAUCAGGUAGCACUUCCUUUUAAUAAAAAAUGCAGAAAUGUACAGCUUCAUCAGUUCUUGAAUUUACCUGGAUAACAAAGUCAUUUUGACUUUUUAACACUGAAUCUUGAAGUUCAUAAAUAUAGUCCCACAUGUAGUUCAUGUUGUUGUUGCUGUUGAAUGCUUUUAAUCUGGCUCUAACCCACUGGACGUGUGGGUUCAAUUGAUAUGUGGAUACAGAAAAUUCUUACUGACUGUACUGGAGAUCACAAAAGUGUUAACUAAUGGAUCUAAUAAACUAAUAGAUUUUGUAAAGACAGGGAUGUUCACAUAGUGUAUUAAGCCAUAAUGUAUUUUGCUUGGUUUUUAUUUAA